CGAGCGGCGGCGGACGCGGUUUACUCGAGAAUGGCGGCUGCUGCGUGCAGUACGCAGAGCACUCUGAACCCAUGCGCUGGCAAGCUGCUCCGAGAGCACCUGCGGAAAAGUAAAGAUUCGCGGAGGAGGCAAGCCGCGCUUUUGUUUCUCACUAAUAUCCUGGACGGUCGGCCAGUGCGGAACAAUGUGAGCGCAGCGGGCCCGAGUGAUGCCGAGUUUCAGUGCUCUGACAUCGGUGCGACUGUGAACGAACUGUCCGCUGCGGCCAGUAGCGAUGGGACCUUCUCCAGCCUCUCUGUGCCCAGACUCGGGCUGCUCGGCGUACCGCCCAUCCUGGUCCUGCCGUCGGAUUCUGGGUUUAGCAACCCCGGGAGCACCGAGAUGUUCCUGGAGAGGGAGAGGGGCUCGUUCUCCUCGCAGAGCAACCUCCUGUCCCCCUGCAGUCUGCAGCCCACUCCGCUCGGAGCGCGGAAGUCUCCAACGCUGCUGUCGGUGCAGAGCUGCGGCUCCUCGCUGGAGUCUCGUCCGCGGAGUCGGAACGCAUCUGGCUCUCCUCGUCCACGCUCCGUGAAGAAAGUCCACUUUAUUAAGAACAUGAGGCAGUAUGAUACCAGGGGCAGCAGGAUCGUGCUUAUCUGCGCCAAAAGGUCUUUGUGUGCCGCCUUCUCUGUGCUGCCUUAUGGAGAGAGCUUCCACAUCAGUGACCCUCGUCUGGAUGCCCAGCGGCGGAGGCACUCAUCUGGAGGAAUAUCCACCACCCUAGAGAUGCUUCCCGGGCUAGAAGGGGUGGAACUGGGCAUGUACGGCAGGACGGUGUCGUACGCUCAGUUCCUGUACCCAACUAACGCUCUGGACCGCCACAAGCCCGCAGUGGAUCUCGCUCUACCCGUGCCCUAUUCCAGAAACAGCAUCCCUUGCAGUUAUCCUCCCUCUCGCCUUAACAGCACCGUCGGCCUGGACCUGGGCCUUGAAGACAUUGACUAUGACCCUAAUGUGCUCAGUGACCCACGGUGGCCAUGUGGAAAACAUAAAAGAGUGCUCAUCUUUGCCUCAUACAUGACAACAGUAAUAGAGUACGCCAAACCGUCAGAUCUGAAAAAGGACAUGAAUGAGACCUUUAAGGAAAAGUUCCCCCACAUCAAACUCACACUGAGCAAAAUCAGAAGUUUGAAGAGAGAAAUUCGUUCAGUAGGAGAGGAGUCUUCCUUGCAGCCGGUUACCAUAGCCAUGGCUUUUGUGUACUUUGAGAAGCUGGUCCUGCAGGGGCGUCUCAACAAGCAGAACAGGAAGCUGGUGGCAGCCGCGUGCCUACUGCUCGCCGCUGCCAAGAUCAGCAGCGACCUGAAGAAACAAGAGGUCAAGCAACUGAUUGACAAACUGGAGGAGAGGUUCCGGAUUAGCCGUCGAGAGCUGAUCGCUUUUGAGUUCACCAUCUUGGUGGCUCUGGAAAUGGCGCUUUACCUACCGGAGAGCAAAGUCAUGCCCCACUACCGCAAACUGGUGCAGCAGACCUGAC